CAUUCAUUCGCUCGCUCGCCGCUAGCAAGAACCGUUCCAGUAUAUUCGUAACUGCAGUAGAUGUGAUAUUGGCACUCUUGCCAAUCUAAUGGAACAGCGUUCCUUCGGCGAACUGUCCCCGGCGAACAUUUACAAGACUAACAUCCUGCACAAACGCGACAGUUGCAAGCAGCAAAUCCUGUUGCUUCUAUUAUGUUGUUUAAACGGAUCAUCGAAGGAAAGUCGAUGUUGAACACCGAUGCGAAGGCGAAGGCACCGGAGAAAUGUUCUAGAAGGAAGUCCGAAUGCGAUGGUUGUGUGGAACACUCCACUAUUCUGGAGGAAAUGACGAAGAUGGUGCUGCUUGGUGUGGUGUUAUGGGCAGGGUUGACGUUUGGGAGUCAUGUAGCUCCCUAUCCCCUCAAUUUGAUCGUUUCUUCAGACAUCAUCCACCCACCGCCGAUGUAUGAUUUCCCAUUCCCAAGCGCGCAUAUGCUCAAACGUCUGCCGCCUGUGACGGCCGCGCAUACCAACAAGUCAAUAGACAUGGGCAAAUUCUCUGUGGCCAUGCUCGAUAGAUUGGAGGCAAACUUGGAAGCGUCAGGGAUAAAACCGAAACCGGGAUCACCAGCACAAGGCCUGGCAAUUCAGGGAUAUCCUUCGAAUGAUGCGCUGAAGUAUGAGAAGUCGUCUAUGGUUAUCACCAAAGCUUCGAAGAAUCUGGUCGCUACGAGAUGUGAAAUGUACGGUCUCCCUACUGACGAGUGUGCAAGUUUCAUUAGUACUUUAAACCUAAAAGAGAGUGAAUAUGGCGCGGAGUGCGCCCAAUUGGAAAGAUUCACUUGUCCAAGCAACAAGAUGUCGUCCAAGUAUAGGAUGUUUGAUGGAUCGUGCAACAACCCCGUCAGGUCAUCCUGGGGUCAGGGCUUAACUGGUUACAAGAGGCUCCUUCAUCCAAGAUAUUCCGAUGGUAUUGAGGAGCCCCGCCGUGCGGUCGGUUACAAUCCUUUACCAUCAGCACGCCUGGUGAGCACAGUCCUAGCUGACAAUAAGGACAGACCUGAUGAAAAGAAGACAAUGGCUCUACCGGUGUGGACUCAGUUUAUCUACCACGAUUUAGUUCAUACUCCCGUGCGGAAAACAAUGCACACGGACCAGGCCAUACGCUGUUGCGACAACUCCGGCAACAACCUGGCACCCCGCUACAUCCAUCCCAACUGCAUGCCGAUCUCUGUGUCGGAUAAGGAUCCCGUCUUCAAGAACUGGUUCGUCUCUUGUAUGGAGUACACCCGCUCUAUGACCACAUACCGUGGAGAUUGCACAUUCGGAGCGGCUGAACAGAUGAACCAAGCGACUCACUUCAUGGACGGCUCUCAAAUCUACGGGUCGACCAGUCGCGAUGCGAUCGCUCUGAGGGAGAAGUCUGGUGGGUUGUUGAAGACAGCCGUGGUGAAUGACCAGGAAAUGCUGCCAUUGGCCUCCAACCCGACUGAGAAGUGUCUCGGCACCGCCACUGACGCUUGCUUUGUCGCUGGUGAUGUCCGCGCGAACAUGCACCCAUGGUUGACGUCGAUGCACCUACUUUGGGUGAAAGAACAUAACCGCAUAGCUAAGGCGCUUGCUGUGAUGAACCCAGGAUGGAAUUCCGAUAAACUGUUCCAUGAGGCGAGGAGGAUAGUGGUCGCUGAGUUACAGCAUAUCACCUACAAACACUGGCUACCGGCACUUACAGGAAAGUCCUUCGAUGAGCUCUACGACAGCUACGAAAGUGGUUACAAUCCCGAAGUGAAUCCGACGAUAACUAACUCGUUCGCGACUGCCGCCUUCCACUUCGUCAACAGUCUUCUAGAUCAGGACGUGCAGUUGGUGGAUGACAAGAAUAAUGUGACAGCACAAAGACUAGGACAGACCUACUUCAAACCUAAGCUGGUUGCUGAGAAGAAUGGAUUAGAGAAUCUCGCGAGGGGCAUGGUCAGCCAGAACAGUCAGGGAUCAGACUUCAAUUAUGAUGAUGAUCUCCGUCACCACUGGCUGGGUGGUCUGGACGUGUUGGCUAUCGACAUCCAGCGCGGGCGCGACCACGGCCUGCCCGGCUACGUGCAGUACCGCGCGCUGUGCGGCUACUCCGCCGUCACCAGCGUCUCGCAGCUGUCUGACGUUAUGUCGCAAGAGGUGGUAGACAAGCUGUCGAAGCUAUACGAGCACCCCAACGACAUCGACCUCGUGGUCGGCCUCAUGGCGGAAACCCCACUGCCCGGCUCGCUCAUCGGACCCACCACUACUUGCCUCAUCAAGGAGCAGCUAUGGCGUACUCGUUCCGGCGACCGCUACUUCUACUCGCACUCAGACGAGGCUGGUGGCUUCACCAAGCGGCAACUCACCGAGAUCCGCCGCGCGUCCCUCGCGCGCCUGCUCUGUGAUAACGCGGGUGUUACGCGUGUGCAGAAAGACGCCUUCCAACUGCCGUCGGAGAGCAACCCAGUGGUCUCGUGCGACGACAUCAAGCGAGUCAACCUGGAGUUCUGGGCAGACCCGGCGCAGCAGCCCGACAUCUUCGCGCGCACCAACCAGUGGAUCAAAACCAAGGUCGCCAGCACCAACGUCACCAAGUAGACUGAUUUAGUUGUACAUGUCGAUGGUGCAAGUUUAAGAACUUGAUGAAAUAGAACUUAGAAGCCAAUUCUCAUCUAUUUGAAAGUUGUAAGAAUCCAAUUCUCGUAAAUAUCGAUUUCACAUAAAAUUGCCUAUUGCGGGGUAUUUAAAAUUUAAUUUUAUUAUUCAAUUCAAGAAUUCAGUUCAUUGGCUUGUCAGAGACCUAAGUUGUGGGUCAAUACACGACCGCUCUAUAGCUAGCAUUGAGAAGUGCAGUUUGGAUAAAAAGCUAUAAAUUUUAAUAAUAUUCUAGAGGUGACAACUCAAACUCCAAGAAUGGAAUUUACAGAGGCUAUUGAGCCAUAACUUUUGGCUUGUAAUUUUUAAUUGAGUCUGUCAUACAACAGUUCGUGCACCAUCGAUAAUAAUAGAUUCAGUAUUGUGUUGUUUACAUUGUAUUUAGCUUAAGUAUAUUUUGUUAAUGUAGGGCCCUUUCAGUCUUUGUACUUUGUCACUCAAUAAUGAACCUUAUUGUAAUAGGCGUAGGGUUAAGUUUAGUCAGGGCCCUCGUUAGUACAGUCAGCUGCGCUACCACUUGGAAUAAAAUCCUUAAUACCCUUAGUAAUAAAAAUAUUAUGUACCAUCGAAGAAAUUGAUUUAUAGGCAGGUGACGUACGUCAUUUGGUCGCGUUGUAUUAAUUCAGUGAUAGUUUUGUUCAGUCGGCUGGAUUUGACGUAAGGCUUCGUCCACAUUUGUAUCAUUUGCGCGAUCAGAUCUCCGAUCAGAUCUCCAUCGCGUAUCAUCGAAGCGUGUCAAAAUGAUACGCGCAUCAUGAUACGCCCCGAUCGCUAUUAACCGCGAUACGGCGCGAUGAUCGCGACGGAGAUCUGAUCGCGCAAAUGAUACAAAUAUGGCCGCACCUUAACGCGACCAAAUUACCUAGGUCCGCCAUCUGUCUUUGUCCUUCGAGCUUAGUUAGAUAAGGACAACACAUUGCUUAACGUAUCCGUUGUAAGUAUAAAUAAUUUUAUUAGUAGGGUCUGGGUGGUAAAUUAUUUAGUUGACUGUACAUGUCCGUACGAACGGACGCCAUGUUCUACAGUGGCUGUGAUACAGUGGGACACCACUUCAUAGUAAAUGUAGUUCGGGCAUAGGUUGUCUAGAUUCAUAUGUUAAAAGAUCUAGAUAUCUAUCAUUAGAUGCACUAUUUGUGUGCUUGAAAACGAUUUAGUUAAUCGAAUUAUUUAAAUGUUAUUCGGAUUUAGUCGGAAUUUUUUGUGGCUUCAACAUAAUGCCAUUAAUGGAAAGAUUAGGCAAAAGCAUUCUCAGUAAUAUGCUGAUUUUCAACUUGUGUAUGCCAUCGGCAUCGUACCAAAGAGUGGAUUGCAAAUUUUAAUCAUUAAUGAUACGAUAAAAUAUGUUCUAUAACGUUCCUACGGUAAUUUUAAUGUACUCGCAAGAGCUCAAAGCACAGUUAUUUU